GACUGCAGCAGAUCAAACAGUGAAACACACAUGAGAGUUAGGUGGAAGGUUGUCUUUAUCACUGGUUAUGAUGCUCUACGGCGCUGCGAGGCAACAAGGAAAGGAAAAGCUGAAACAAAACUCACUGGAUGCCACGGCGGCCAGUGCUUGGUAUGGGAGGAAGGAAGCGCAGUGAGCUAACAACGUCUGGAGGAGUGAGGCAGCGCGAGAGAACAUGUGCUUCAAACCUUCACUCAGGAACGCUUGUGUUGCCGCUGCGCUGUGCUUGGUCGUGCAGGUGUGCAACUUUCUUAGCGCUGGUUUCGCUGAUCGCCCACCACAGAGGGGCGCCGCGCGGCUGCAUGGUGCAUCUUGCCGGGCACUCUUCACCGUCACGGACGUUCCCCAAACUUACGCGCCGAACGCCAGUCUCUUCGUACACAACCGUUAUGGAUACGUGCCUGCGGACAAGCUGAGUGUAGACUGGAGAGCUCGGCAAUACCCUGACACUUGUGACGGUAACGACGUGGCUGGGGCAGUACAGCAGCUGCUCCUCAAGAGAGACUCUCCGACUGGAGCGGUCACCACCGACUACUCCCCGCUGGCGGCCGUCCUUCCCUCCGUGUUGGUCUUGAAGGGCGAGGGCGAGGUCAGCGCCCCAACAGUCACUGCCACCACCAGGAUCGGCGCCGCUGGCGGCCUGCUGCCCUACGUGCCGUGUGAAAUAGCGCCUUACACUGACCCAGCCUCGGUCACCGCCUGCUUCAGGGCAAGACUGGCUCACCAGGACACUCUCUGGAUCGUCUUCAUGGGAGACUCAAAAAUAAGAUACUUAUUUUUCGAGUUUCUCGCAAGAAGUGACGACGAGCUUCAGUAUUUGGUCAAGCUUGAGAACGGUACCAAGUCCUUCGCCGAGAUAGACAGAAAAAAUUUUAAACUCAAAGUCGACAUGGAAGCAUCGAGCACCAAGCUGCCUGGACUGCUCGUCUCCUUCCAGUUCAGAGAGUUCGAUGAUGAAAUGGGGAGCAAGAUCCGAGGCAGUGCGGAGGUGAAGCAGCUGGCGCGAUGGGCAGCUGGCCAGGAAGCACUUCCGCACCUUCUGGUGGUGGGCUACAUGUCGUGGAUCCUGCACACGAUGGGGAUUAAAUACUAUGGAGAGACUGUGUCACAAAUGAUGGACAUCCAUCGCAUUGUGGUUCCUCUUCUUCACCAGAUAAGUAAAACUACUCGCGUCAUUAUGACGUCACAAAGCAGACGCAAAAUGUUUACUGCUCACGGUAAAUUACGAUUAUUUAGUAUGUCACAUGGAGAUCCUGCAUACGACUGGGGAGAGGCGGUGUUCCUCCACUACCUGCGGCGUGACUCACGACACUUCCCACCUCCUUCACGACAUGGCCGCCAUGUCUCACAACCUCGAGACCACCUGGUUCCCGACAUGGAGGACAGCGGAGUGUGGUGGUGGGACACGACUCUGCCACUGAGCCUGGCGGAAAACAGAGAGUGUGAGGAACUGUAUCACCGCGGUCUGGAACACAGCCCUACGUACAGCAGUUACAUAUUAAAGUGUACUGAUGAUAUCCAUGCUGGCGGAGUCACCCUCGGGGACCAGGUUACUAUGCUGCUCAAUCUGGUGUGUAACUCCGUCUUAAGGGCACGCGAUGGGUUGUGCUGUGACCUAUAUCCUUACUAUAAUGGGGGGACAAAAACUUUUGAAUUAAAUGAAAACAGAGUCUUGCACUCUCGAGACAUCUGGGACUACGCACUCUGGAUGGACCACGGUUCACACUUGUUCACGCUACUCAUUUCAAAGCUUGUGACUCCGACUUGGAUUUUCAGUUAUCCAGCAGGCACUACAGGUCCCCCGCCCUCGUCCUCAUCCUCGCUCAGCCGUAGGUCGCCCUCAACCAUCGAAUACGUAGCAGGGCCCGAGUACUCCAUGACCCGAAGCCCUGACGUAGCAGCAGUAGUCCCUCCAAGACAAAUGCCAAAACGAGCACACUCCGCGCCGUCUCAGUUUUCUCUAUGCAAUGGAUACACGUCGUGGUCAAUGGCGCUGAUGAAGGCUUUCUACCCGCAAGAUUCUCUCGUCUUUCUGAUGGACAUGCACGAGACGGUGGGUCCUCUCCUGCAGCAGAUCAGUCGCAAAACUCGUGUAAUUGUGACAUCACAGAGCAGAGUCAAAACACACGACAUACUGGGAAAAAAGUAUCACAGCACCUUACCUUUCGGGGACCCAAGUAAUGACUGGGGCGAGGCUGUGUUCCUACAUCAUCUCCGACGGCACUCUCAGUACCAAUCCCUUAUCAACUCCUUUCCUGAAGCCACAGAAGAGAUGUCUGGACAGAGAACUGCUAGCGGACGUUUAGGCUCCCGAGACCACUUGCUUCCAGAAGUGGAGGACAGCGGAGUGUGGUGGUGGGACACGAGUCUGCCGCUGAGCCUGGCGGAGAACAGAGAAUGUGAAGAACUGUACCUUCGCGGCUACACCACCCACCCAAUGUACUAUAGCUCCUUCCUAAGGUGCUACGAUGACAACCACGCCGGCACUGUCACCUUCGGGGACCAGGUCACUAUGCUGCUUAACUUAAUGUGCAACUCAGUGUUGGGUGCACGCGAUGGGUUGUGCUGUGGCUGAUGCAAGGCAAGCUAGGGCAGAACGUACCUCAGAGCUCUUAUUUAGAAGAAGCAAUGUCUAUAUAGGUAAUGAAGAUUAAUUCUUAAUACUUCUGUUGAAUGAAACCCUUUAUGUUUAUUUAUGGGACGAGCAUACGCAAACAAAAAAGGCUUAAUAUAUCUUAGAAAGUGACCAGUGUUCCCGGAGGUUAUCACCAAUUCGAAAUGCACAUUUUUGGCAAAGCUUCUUUUUCUUUCUUAACCUUAACCAUUUUCUUCUUAUCCUUAUUUAUGUAGCUUCAUGGAGUGAUGCUUUCCAAAAUGUUAAAUAAUCAUAAUCACUUCCAUUCUUGUUCUUUUUUUUUAUUUAUUUGUUUUAUUUUGAUUGAUUUAUUUCAUAAGUUUAAUUAUUUCGUUUAUUGAUAACUUGAUUACAAUGGAUGUAGUUAGCUAUGGACUAAAUAUUGUUUGCUCCCUUAACUGAUUUCAUUGUUGUGAGUGCUUCCGAAUCAAGGCUUGUGUCAUUUACCUACAUAGUAAACUUCUGGUAUGA